AUGUAAUUUUUUUAGCUAAUCUUCUAAAUCAAUAUCAUAACUAGCUUAGUCUUAGGAGAUUGGAUAAUCCAAUAUAAUGCAAUGCAUGAAUUCAAAACGAUUAAAUGUGAUUCAAUCGGUUGUUUAUAUGGAUUCAAAAACCAAGAAAAUACAGGCCCAGCCUUAUACUUAAAUUGUUUAACAACUCCUUUAACAGCAUUAAAACUAGAUAAUAAUUAAAUGAGUUCAAUAUAAAAUUUGAAAUCUUUAACACCAAGUGAAUCUAACGCAUAUAAAUUAAUAAUGUUUGAUGUAUAUUAUACAAGUCAAUGGGUAAAUGAUGUCAUUGAUUUCGAAUUUAAUAAUUAAAUUUUUUAAAUUAGACAUUCGACAUAAAAUCCAUUGCCUUCAAAUAUUGGUUUUUGUGAUUCUGUAGAAUAUGAAAUAAGGACGUAUAACUUCACACUAUCUUAUAGUUCAAUUUAUUAUUAAUUUCCGAAAUUCUAAAUAUAGAAUCCUUCAGUUAGUGCAAUGAUUAGAAAUGUGCAUUUUUCAUAUUAAAAUUGUUAUCCAGGUUGCACUUUUUGUACAGGUCCAUAUAAAAAUUAAUGUACUGGAUGUUAUGGAACUUUAACUGUAGUUAAUAACGAAUGUAGAUGUCCAAUAAGAACAAGUAUGAUAUAAGGAGUAGGAUGUGUAAAUAAAUGCUAUAUAAGAGGAGCUAAAUUAAAAUCUUAAAAUAGAAUAUGUGAAACUUUUUCACCAACAACCUUGCAUACUUCUAAUUUUUAAGGAAUUGAACUAUCAGCAUGGUAUAAUUGGAAUGUCAUCUAUGAUCCAUUACAUUUAGAUAUGAUUGAUAAAAAGCUAUCUCCAUAUAAUUUUGGUCUUUUUAGAUUUCGUGAAGGAGCCUUUAUGUCUUUUAACACUAUUUUUGCAGUCCAUCCUUUAGUUAUAUUGGUAUAACUUGUUUUUUGCAAUUCCACUCCUAUAAACUCAGGAGUUUAAUUCUACAUUAAUUAAACUUAUAUUGGAUCCUUUUAUUUUGAUGGGACUAAAUACAUAUAUGAUAAAAUAGAAUUUAGAUACUAAUAAGUUCAUCCAGUAACAGGAGAAUGUAUAAAUAAUUAACUUAUUUCUGCUGAAAUAUUCACAACUGUUUUUGAAUAAUAGCUAACAUUUUCUAUCUAAGGAAAUUUUACGUAAAAUUCAAGAAUAAUAUAGUACGUCAGGAGCAGGGUGGUUCUUAAGAUUAUUAUAAUUUUCAUCAGGUUAUUGUCCUAACGUAUGCCUUAAGUGUGAUAAGUUUUAUAGAUGUAUUUAAUGUCCAUCAGGGUCUUAAUAUGUUUCUGAUGGAACUUGCAAAUAUUGGGGAUGUCCUUUUGAAAGUACAUAUAACGGUACUCAUUGCGUAAAAUAAGAUGAAGUCACAAAAUGUAAUUGAUAAUAAUUAUCAAAAGAUUCAAAAUAUUUCUUAAGAGAAUUUUAUGACUUCACAGUCACAGAUACUCUUAAUAAAACCUUUAUUUUGGAAACUUAUAUGGGAACAGAUUUGUAAAAAGGUUCUUAUGUUUUUUGGUCUUACACUGAUACAUAAAGAAUAUUUGGAGGAAAAUUUGUAUGGGCCUAAUCAAGAUUUUCUUAAAUAUAUACUUUAGACCCACAUCAUUCAUUGACAAUUUAUUUUUAAGUAAUUUUUGGUCCUAAUUUUCCAAAUUCAAUUAAUAAUUAUUUGUCUUAUGAAAUAAACAAUGGUACAAUAAAUAAAAUAACUAAAACAUCAUCAUUAAAUAUUGUUGAAUAAAUCUUAACAUAUAAUCCAACUUUAACAAUUGCAAUAUAAUGUUAUGGGAUUAAUGUUUUAGAUUCUUAUUGUGGAAUAUCAAAUUAUUCUAUUGUUGUUCAUUAUUGUAAACCAUAUUGUUAUAGAUGUUCAAAUGAAUUAACUUGUGAUCAAUGGAUGCCUUAUGAUCCAAAUAUUAUAAAAGUUGAAUAAUCUUAAUGUUAAUCAAAUUAAUUUUUAGAUGAAACAACUUCAACUUGUGAAUAUUGUCCAAAUGAGUGUUUAACAUGUUUUAAUGAAUAUGAAUGUUUAACAUGCAAAUCUAAUUAUAAAUUAGUUAUUACAACUUGUAUUUUAGAUUGUUAACUUAACUAAUAUUAUGAUGGUGUUAAUUGUUUAGAUUGCAAUUAUAGUUGUAGAUAAUGUUAAUCAAUUAAUUACUGUAUUCACUGUGAAUCUACUUCUUUAAGAUAUUUAUAUGAUGGAUAAUGUUUAUGUUAUGAUGGUUAUUAUGACUAAAUUAAUAUCUAAUAAUGUCAACCUUGUGAUAAAUUAUGUACAAAAUGCAAUGGACCUACUAAUAAAAAUUGUUAAUCAUGUAUAAUUUUAAAUAAUUUAAUAAAAACUGGAAAUACUUGUGAAUGUAGUAUUGGAUAUUAUUUUGAUGAAUUUAAAUUAAAAUGUCUAAAAUGUUCAGAUAAAUGUGAAACAUGUUUUAAUUUUUCAAAUACAUCAUGUUUAUCUUGUUAUUCAAUUUAAUUUAGAAUAAUAGAUGGAUUGAAUUGUAAAUGCUAAAAUGGAUAUUAUGAUGAUAAUUCUGAUAUUUGUAUAUAAUGUCCAUUUUUGGAAGAUUCAUUAUUAUAAUACUGUUAUAAGAUUUGUGGAGAUAAUUCAAUAAUAUGGUUUAAUUCAAAUUGUUCAUCUGUUACUUGUGGAAAUGGAUAUAAUAAUGUAAAUAAUCAAUGUUUACCAAUAUGUGGUGAUUUAAUAAUUGUAGCAGAAGAAGAUUGUGAUGAUGGUAAUUCUAUUUAAUUUGAUGGAUGUCAUAAUUGUAGAUUUUAAUGUCCUGCUUAAUGUACAACUUGUAAUUCUACAACAUAAUUUCCAUGUUCUGAUGUUUGUGGAGAUGGAAUUGUAAGUGGAUUAGAAGAAUGUGAUGAUUCUCAUCCAAUUUAAUUAGAUUUAUGUUAUUAAUGUAAAUUUUAAUGUUAACCAUAAUGUACAAGAUGUAUAAAAGGCAUAUGUUCAGAAUGCUAAACAUUUGGUUGGAUGUUUGAUGUAAAUUCAAGUUUUUGUGUGGAAAAAUGCGGUGAUAAAUUUGUAGUUGGAAAUGAGCCUUGUGAUGAUGGAUAUAAUUUUGAUUCUAAUGAUAGUUGUUUAAAUUGUUAAAGAGUUUGCCGAGAGGAUUGUAAAACUUGUAGCAAUGACGGGACCACAUGCUUAGAAUGCAAAACAAUCGGCUUUGCUCCCUAUUUAUACCAUUGCAUAAAUAUAUGUGGAGAUGGUUAUUUAGCAAUUGACCCAUACAAUAGAUAUUUUGAAUAAUGUGAUGAUUUUAAUAGAACUAAUUAUGAUGGUUGUAAUUCUAAUUGUUAAUUUCAAUGCUAACCUAAAGAAAUUUGUACAACUUGCAUUAAUAAUAAAUGUUAAAGUUGUGUAAGUACAUAUUAUUUGGACACAUCUAAAAAUAAAUGUAUUGAAAUAUGUUAUGAUAAUAUAAUUGUUGGAAAUGAAAAAUGUGAAGAUAUGAAUAGUCUUAUGUUGGAUGGGUGUUAUAAUUGUUAAUUAUCAUGUUAAUAAUCUUGUUAGACAUGUACAAUUAAUGGCUGUACAAAAUGCAAAAUCGGUUAUAAACUUAUCAAUCGAUAUUGUAGGAAUAUUUGUGGAGAUUCUAUAGUUGUUGAUGGAGAAGAUUGUGAUGAUGGCAAUUUAUAUCCAUUUGAUUCUUGUCAUUAAUGUGUUUAUUAAUGUUCUUCUAAUUGUUAAAUAUGCUUAAAUGGAUAAUGCUUAUAAUGUAAAAAAGAUUAUAUUAAAAUUAAGGGAUUUUGUUAAAAAUCUUAGGAUUCCUUUUAAUUAAAAAUGUUAUAAGAAGUUUAACAAUUUUAAAUAUAAAUGGUUUUUUUUGAAUUUUGUCUAAUUUUUGACAACAUAAAUUGUUUAAAAUGUGUAUCAUUAUUUACUUAUAACUCAAUUGCUCAAAAAUGUGAGGAGCAAUCAAUUUAUCAUGAUAGAUAUUUUAAUUAAGAUUAUAUUUAACCAUUAUUGGAAUUUUGUUUAAUCUAGUAUUAAAACUAAUGUUUGAAAUGUAUAGAUAAUUUUUAUUUGGAUGAAGUUAUUAAUAAAUGCGAGCCAAUUUGUGGAGAUUAUUUAAUAAAUGGUAAUGAAGAAUGUGAAGAUAAUAAUUCUUUAUUAUUUGAUGGAUGUUUUAAUUGUAAGUUUCUUUGUCAUUACUCUUGUAAUAAAUGUCAUUUUGGUAAAUGUUAAGAAUGUUAAGAAUAAUUAAUUUUAAAAGAGGAAAAAUUUUGUGAACCGAAGGCUAUUUGUAAUGAAAUUGGAUAUUAUUUAAAUGAAAAAUCAAAUACUUGCAUUGAAAAUUGUGGAGAUUCUAUAGUUACUUAAAAUGAGGAUUGUGAUGAUGGUAAUAAUAUUUAAUAUGAUGGUUGCUAUCAAUGUAAAUUUUAAUGUUAAAAGUAUUGUUCUGAUUGUAUUGAAGGGAAAUGUUAAAUAACAUCUUCUAUUUGUCAAUAUGGUUAAUAUUUUAAUUUUUCAAGUCUUUCUUGUGAAUCCUUAUGUGGAGAUGGAAUACUUAUUGAACCAUAUGAAUAAUGUGAUGAUGGAAAUUAAAUAGAAGAUGAUGAAUGUAAUAAUAAUUGUUAAUUACAGUGUGACUCUAAAUGUGAUUUAUGUAAUGAAUUUAAUUAAUGUUAAAUUUGUAAAGAAAAUUAUGAAAUGAUAAAUAAUAAGUGUGAAGAAAACUAAAAUUUUAAUUAAUAAAUUAAGAAUUGUGCUAUCAUUUCUGAUAUUGAAUGUUUGCAGUGUGAUGAUGGAUAUACUUUACAAAAUAAUAAUUGUAUUAUUUAUUGUGGUGAUGGUUUGAUAAAUGGAGAAGAGAUUUGUGAUGAUGAAAAUAACAUCAAUGGUGAUGGUUGUGAUACAACUUGUACACCCUCAUAAAAUAGUUAUUGCAAAGAUUCUUAAUGCACAAUUGUAAUAUUUCCAAUUGUUAAACUUCAUUUCCAAUAAGAACUAUUUGGAUUAUAAUAUGUUCAAUUAGUUUAUAAUCAAGAUAUGAGAUUGGCACAAAAUUAUUCUAAAUAAGAUUAUUUAAAUGAUCUCUAAUUUUAAAUUCAGAACUUUAAUGAUGCUGCAAUUAUUACAUUAUAGACUGAUUCUGUCACUUAAUAUUUAAAACAUGUUAUAAUUUAAAUAAAAAUAUAAUUUUUGAAUUAUGUGAAAGAUCCUAUUUUAGAGCUUAAGUUUAACAAUAAACUGAGUUUCAUUAAUGAAUAUGGUUUACCCAUACAAUAAGAUGCCUUAACUUUAAAAUUAUUAUCUCCUAAUGUACUUAAUUAGAGUUAGUAAUAAAAUGCUUAAUCAUUAAUUAAUAUGAGUUCAUAAUUAUUGACUAUUAUGGCUAUUUUUAUAGGAUUUUCUUCAUUAACUGGAUAACUUUCGAUCAUCUCUAAUUUACUAGAUUUAAUUUAGUAAUUAUAUUAUUUGAAAUAUUUAAAUUCAAGGAUUGGUAUCAAUCUUGCUCAAUAUUAUUAAACUUUUAAAAUCAUUUAAUUAACAAACAUUUACGAUCAUUUCAAUAUAAAUCCUAAUUCAAAUUUCUAAAACAUCUUGGCAUACUAUGAAUCUGAGCCAAUAUUUGAAUUUGAUGAUAGAAAUGCAAAUUUUUUAAACAACAUUUUACUAUUGAGUUUAAUUUAUGUCGUAUUUGGGUUUGGAUUUAAAACAUUGAAUUUAUUUACUUAGUAUAUGAUGAAAAAAUUAUCAUAAUUAAAGAGUAAUAAUUUAAAUUGGACACAGUUAUAAAUUGUAAUAUUUAUUUAAAAUGUUUGUUUAAAAAUAAAAAAAUAAAAAUUAAUGUCACAAUUAAGAACAUUGUUUUUAACAUUAAUUUAUGAAUUUGGAAUAAAUGUAUUUCUUGCAAUAAAGUAUUCAAAAAGAGAUAGCUAAGGAUUGUUUGGAUUUACCAUGGCAAUAUUAUGUCUUUUAAUAAGUUUGUUAGCAUUACUAUCCUAAUUAAGAUAGAUUAAGAGAAUAAUAAGGAGAUUAGGAACUAUUUAAAAAGAGAUGAAUGUAUUUGUUUAUAUUUGUAGCUAAAAAUUGUUAUUUGCAAUGUUUUUAGUGUUUUUUUAUUAAUCGGGAUUGAUUUAAAUUAUGCUUAGCAUUUUAAAUGAAUUUUAAUAUUGCUAUAUUUUAUAUAGUUAGAAAAUGAUCAAAUAGCCUUCUGAGAAUUUAAAAUAGCUUUCUUCACAUAUAAUUUAAUUUAUAAUCUUGAGUAUAUAUCUAAUUAAUCAUUUUUAUCAAAAUGAUCCAUAAAAUUUAAUUUUGAUAGGUUGGAGUAUAAUUAGUUUGAUGAGUCUUAUUUUAAUGAUAACAGUGAUUAUAGAUUUGUUUGAUUUAACUUAUCCUUUUGUUAGAAAGAUAAAUAAAAAGUGUUCAACUUAAUAAAGUUAAGUUAACGAAAUAUUUUGUGUUGUUGAAAAUUAAGUUAUUGCAGGCAAUAGAUAAUUGUUAAAGAUGUGA